AUGUCGUCGUCGAAUACCACCGAUGCAGACGCUAUUGCAUCAUGGAACAAUGCAUCGAAUCUUAUCAAUCGUUAUUUACCUAUUUUUAUUUAUAUUUUCGGCAUAACUGGUAAUGUUCUUAAUGUCCUCAUUUUGAUUCAACGACCUCUUCGUCUUAGUCCAUCCUCUGCUUUCUUUUCUGUUUCAUCAAUAGCGGGUCUUAUUGCAAUCAUAAGUGGUCUAACCACACGUAUGUUGGCUGGUUAUACAGCUGAUUUAACUCUUACGAUCUCAUGGAUUUGUAAGGCUCGUAAUUAUGUUUUAUACACUGCAAGAACAGUAGCUCUAUGGUUAAUUGCUUUGGCAACUAUCGAUCGAUGGUUAGUAUCAAGUGUAAUUGUACAUAGGAGACACAUAAGUACAUUGAAAAAUGCUGGACGAGGUAUAAUUCUUAUUAUUAUUUUUUCAUGUCUAAUCAAUAGUCCAAUAAUUUACUGUUAUGAAGCUGGUUUAACUGGAACUUUACGAGGAUGUUACGGUUCAACAUAUGCUGGUCGUGUUAUUACAGAUGUUAUUUAUGCUGUUAUCACGACUGUAGUACCAUUAUCAAUGAUGAUUUGUUUUGGAUUAUUAACUAUUAGAAAUAUACGGUAUAGACCGAGUCGUAUUCAAAAUAUAGCUAUGAUUACAUUGACUUAUGAUAAUAAACAUAGAAGGCCGAGUGUAUAUCAUAUACAAAAAAACACAAAACUGGAUAAGCAUUUGCUUAAAAUGCUUGCCGUGCAAGUUACUCUAUUAGUACUACUGACUUGUCCACAUGCGAUUCAAAAGGCGUAUACAUCAAUUUCAUCGAGUUCAUCAUCUCAAACAUUACAAGAUGUUAUUGCAACGUUUAUCUUUAAUUUAGUUACUCUAUUUAACUUUACAGCUAGUGGACUACCGUUUUACAUUUAUACAUUAGCUGGUGGCAGUAUAUAUCGAAAUGCACUUCUUCAUCUUCUCAAAACAGCUGUCUUAAAGAUUCUUUGUCGAAAAAGAUGA